AUGUCCUGCCUAGAGAGAGAUGAUAAUGACACUGACUACGGAUCCGACUUCACUCUAGAUGAAGAGGAUCUGUUGAACAAUCUGUUAAACAAAGCCUUCGCGGAACACGCGACCGCCGACGCCACUUUCAUCUCGACAUCAACCUGGCCCUCAACCCCAACGCCGAUCGAACACAUCACCGCACCAAAAUCCCCAGGACUCGCCGAGCUCGAGUCAUUGCAACCGGAAGCUCUAGAAGCACUCCUUGCAGAUGUCGAGGAUGGCAUUGAGCCAGCUAGCGCUCGGCUGCCUAAGGUGCUGGGCCGGGAACAGCCUUACUCGUCAUGGCGGCAGUCGCAGCCUCGACCGGCAACAGGAGUAGCCCGUUUGCGUUUAGUCGAGACCGCUGAUUCAACUGAGGGCCGAGAAAGAGAACGCGAGCGCAACGCAGCGCGCGCGCUCGAAUUGACACAGCAAGAUCCUGUCACCGCAGCGCUCGAUACUCGAUCCCCCGUCGAACGGUUCCGGCAAGCACCUAACAAGGCGUUUUCGGUGACGGAUCUGGUCUCGCCGGCUUGGUGCGAGCUGCAGUACUGGUUCUCGUUGACUAAACAUGGGCGGAAGAAGAGGACCGCUGCGAUGAAGAGGGGGAGUACCAUGCACAAGACGCUCGAGGAUGAGAUCUACACUACCGUCCCUGUGGAAAUCACGACGAAAGAGGACGCGUGGGGUCUCAGGAUAUGGAAUGUUAUACAGGGACUGCGCAUGCUGCGCGAGUAUGGUGUUACGCGUGAGCUGGAGGUUUGGGGCGUUGUCGAUGGGGAGUUUGUUAAUGGCAUCAUUGAUCAGUUGUCCUAUGAAUGUCCCAACCCGGAGCUUGAGGCUACUGCUGCUGGGUUCUAUGCCGACGCUGUAGCAUCGCGCGCUGCGCUGCCGGAGUAUCAGAUGUCCUUGUCGGACUUUUUGCUUUCUUCUUCGCAAGGCGGGAUGAAGCUUUCGGAUCUGGGGCAAAGUGAAGCCGCGGAAACGGGGCACACUGAGCCAGAAUUGCCCGCGGCGGUCUAUAACCUGCGCCGGAUUUAUUUGACAGACGUGAAGACGAAGGGUAACCGAUCACUACCGAAUGUCAAAAGCACGGGGUUCCGGCCAACUCUUCUCCAGCUGCAACUCUACUACCAUAUGCUCAACCGGCUGAUCACGAGUGACGAUGUAACUAUCGAUCGCCUUGCCACUCGUUACGACUUCGAUGCUGAGAAACCCUUCACGAACGCCUUCGUUUCGGAGGUCGGCGGCCUGAACGACCAAUUCUUCGACGCUCUUUCCUCCCAAGAAUCCGAACAGUGCCGGGAUCCUUCCACUGCUAGCCAGGACUCAAUCGAUACCCUUCUAACACAUAACAACCUCUCCCGUCUUUGGAGUCUCAUGAUACAGCAACUCCGCCUCACAUUCCUCCCCGAAGAUGUCCCCGACACACAAUCCGUCGCACCAUCAAUUCCAUCACUUUCCCAGCCAGAGCUUUUGGAACCAUACUCAACCCUCCUCUCGCCAGUGCUUACGGCUAGAUAUCUCUCAUCUGUCCCCGAUGAAGACCUAAACAGACAGCUCAUCGGAAGCCGAUCUUUCCUCUUCGAUCCGACAACCCUCACCUCCUACCUCGCUGACCAGAUGACCUGGUGGCGCGGCAAACGAGAUCCCGUUGGCGUGGAUAUCAUGGAUGCGUGGAAAUGUCGGGUCUGCGAGUUCCGCGAUGAGUGCUCUUGGCGCGAGGAGCGUGAGAUGGCUUAUGCGAGACGGGGUGGAGGUCGGAGAGCUGGGCCCAUUGCGGAUAUAUGA